AUGCAGGACGAGCUGGUGGAGAGCAUCCGACGCUUCUCGGUGUCAGAUGAUCCGUUGUCCACCGCAACUGCUCAUACCUUUGUCGAUGCUUUCGGGCCGCUUUCUUAUGCUUGCCAAGUCUCAUCGGACGCUCCGUCAGUGCCAGCACUUGCCAACCUCAAGCAGGCUCGGAGCGCCGCGCUUCUCACACUUGCUUCGCGCUCUUCAUCGACUACUGCUCGGACAGCCUCCGACAGCUUGAAUAGCAGCACCAGGCCAGUGGACGAAGAUAUUGCACGGCUCUUGACUCCAGUGAUCCGAUCAAGACUGGCCGAUACCACGCCACAUAGCCUGCUAUCUGCUCUUCACUUCCUCUCUGCUCUCUUCAGUGUUCUCCCUGCGGAAGCUCACGACGUUCUCACUGCAGACGGCAUCAUCGAUCUCGUGCUGGAAGCACCCGAUGCCUGCAACGCUGUAACGGGUCGCAGAAAGGACAGCUCUGUUUCGGCUCAAACGCUCUCGGACGAAGAGCUGGUCGGCUUGGCUGUAGCUGAGCUCCUUUCUUCUGCUGCUAAUUCGACCGCAACACGCAAAUACCUCGCAGGACAGCAGGCGGUUCUCGACUGGCUCGAUAUUGCUUGCGUCUCACACGCAUCGUCGCAGUCUGCUAAGCAACAACACAGAACAGACGCCAUCGCCAUCAUCGCCGGUCUUGCCGACAUCAAGGUGUAUCAAGCCGCCGCUGCAGAAGCUAUGCAAGGCCUCACACAAUCGGCAUCCACCCAACCAACGUCGCAACAAGAGCACAUCCGCAAGAUUCAGGAGGGCAGGUCAGAACGUCAGCGCAAAGAUGAGGCACUCUACCGUGCUGUCCAAGCCGAGCUACUCCAGAUCGCCUCUAUACCCGCUCGAAACAAGUCAGUCACAUCUUCGGUUGAUGUCGCUUAUGCAGAAAUCCGCCGGGCAGUUGAGCUCAGCUGCCUCGAAGUGUUAGCCUAUCUCACCGUUCAAUCCGCAUUCAAAGAGCGCGUGGCGGCUGACCGCCCACUGCUCGAGGUGCUCUGCACUAGCUUUGACUUUACAGCGCCGAAGAACUCGGAACGUAGCCAAAAUCUGGAUCUCGACAGCCAAAGAUUCGAUGGCGCACUUCAGCUUGGCCUCGCCACAAUCUUAGCCAACGUCACCGCCUAUCCGCCCACGCUCACCGCUGAGGAGAAGCAAGUUCGCCGUCUACGCAACUUUGCGAACGCCCAGGGAGACAAGAAAGGUGACAACCAGACUGAAGAGAAUGACCCGCUCGAAACAGCACCAAGGGUUGAGAAGAGAUGCGCGGCGGUUCUCGAGGCCAAAGGCGUGGAGACGCUCUGCUCCAUUGCCACAGCGGGACCGCCACCUUCUUCCAAUAAGGCUGCAGCAGAAGCAGACAAUGGCAGCUGGAAGGUCAAUCCGAGCAGAAGCGUACGUCGAGCAUGCGGUGAUGCUCUGCUUGCUCUUCUCACCAAACAAGACCGCGUCAUGCGCGGUAAAGCCGUGCAGCAGGGUGCGCUGAAAGCAGUGCUGGCUCUCUCGGCUCCUAUCUUGCACAAAUUGCAACCUUCUGAUUCAAGUGCACCGGCUGCGCAACAGUCAACUAGCGCAAGCAACGGUCUCUUUGCACGCUCAGCAGGAGUGUCGACGACGGUGGAUGUGACCUCGGAAGACCUGGCGCCAUUGCAAGCAUUGGCCAAACUGCUCAUCUCAUUGAAUCCGAGCUUGCUCUUCCCCUCUUCAGAAGGGCUUUCGGCAGUAGCCGCGGUCGUUUGCACUCUCUUGCUCUGCCAAGCAUCGUCUCGCUUGCAGAGGUUUGAAGCUCUGCUUGCGCUCACCAACCUGGCCUCGCUCUCACCCGAAGUCUGCAGAAAGAUUGCUGCAUUCUCGCUGAAUUCUGCAAUCGCCAGCCCAGACGGUACCCAGGACGCCACGAAGACGUUCAGCUCCACCUCGGUGCUAGCACAGGCAUGCGAGCAAUUGCUCAUGGAGGAUCAUGUCAUGGUACGCAGAGCCUGGAUCGAGCUUCUCGUCAACCUCCUGCAGGUCGAAAGCGUCUUUGACUACUUUGUAACCGCAGGCUCUAGUUCUACCGAAGCGUCUUCAGAAAAGGCACCAGAAGACUCGCAAGACCGGCUGAGCUUGCGCCUUAGGAUGCUCCUCGGACUUUCUGAAGUCGACGGAUGGGCGUAUGCGACGCGCGAAACCAUCAACACGACAACCCGAACAUCCGAUGCAGGCCCAACAGGCACUGGGGAAGAGCCAUCUCUCGCCACAAGGAUGGUGUGUCUUGCUAUUCUGGCAAUGGUGACCGAGUCGACGAGAGCGGUCGAGGCUCUGUUGACGCUCCCUCGGCUCUUCCCUGUGCUGCUUACCAGCCUGGUACUCGAUCGAUCCGAAGAUGAAGAGCGGAACGAACAAGAGCGAGCUGACCUGCAGCCCUUAGUUCACGGUCCGAACAGGAGUAGCGCCGAUAUUGAUGCAGAGGUGCAGCUCAACGGCAUCAACUUGAGCCUGCGCGCCAGCUAUGUGCUGAUCAGCGUCUUGCAGCACCUGGCACAAUCUGCUGGGAACGAGUUGAAGUAUCGAGGCGGGUACGACCAGGUGAAGGUGCAAUCGACGCUUCAGGAAACGCUGAGCUAUCAUGUCAAGCAAUUGCAGCAAGGCUCGGGGCCUGCACAGGUCCAGGAAGCACGCAAAGGUCUGUUGCAGGUGGUGGCCGAGUGUUUGAAGGUGGUUCAGGAUGUCAGGUAG